GGGCAUGUGGCUCUCCUGUUCUCGCCAUCCAUUUCUUCUCUCCCACAUGCUCCCAACAGCCUUAUCCCUUUGCACCUGUGGCUCGUGUUUUCCCCAUCCAUCCCUUUCUUCUAUCCCAGCGGCAUCUCCUGGGCGAGCACCGGCGAGAGGGUGGGCGGCGGCGCUUCCUGGGGCGAGCACCGGCGAGGUCGCGCGGUGGCGCCUCCUGGGGCGAGCACCGGCAAGGGAUGAGGAGCGUGGAGGGGGGAUGGAAGACCCUCGUGGAAUCGCAGACCCUCCUCCGCUGCCUCUCCACUGCGCCACCCUUCUCGUCCUCGUCGUCGUCCUCAUCAGCGCUCUUUCCUCCACCGCUCACGCCGAUCUCGUCAUCUCAUCGGAGGGCUGAUCUGACUUCGCGUCGUUUGCAUCCUCGCUUCCCUCGAGUUGUUUUGUUACCGCAACAGGAGCAAUAUCUGUCAUCAGUUUGGGCAGCCUCUGCGGCAGUGGAUUCAAUGGACUCGACACAGCACAUCCAUCCAGAUUCUGACACAAGCAGUUUAAUUUUUGUGAUGUAGCAUUUUAUUUUAUAAUUGGAGAAUCUGGGGAAUAUAUUUUCCCUCAUAGGUCUACUUGUUGCUCGAACCUAGAAAUAAAGUUGUAGAUGAUGGCAGCAUCAAAAUACUUUUUCGAUUUGUGUGUCACGCACGCUAUCUGUUCUUUU